GGGUGGAGCUAGCGCGCAGGGCGUCCUCGUGCCUUUUCUUGGUGGCGGGAAACCUGGGUCGAGGUGUGAGGGGCUUGCGGAGUCGCUGCGCCAGCUGGUUCUGCACCUCGCCUUUAGGUCCUCCUUGCUCCUGAAGGUAGCCGGCUAGUUUCUGGUUGUAGGUGAAGGUGCCGGGCGCCGCCAGUCCUGGCACCCGUUGCCUGAGGAGAAACUUUCUCAGGGCGACAACCAGCUCUUGGCUCUUUUUCCUCAGAAUCUGUCGCCCCCAAGAAACAGACAAAAACAGCCCAGUCUCCUGGCGGGCACCGACAAUAUGAACUCAGGGAGUCUGGAUUAGAUGACAAUGCUGAAGGGUUUACUUCUCUUAGACCAAGGAUUUGAGGAACAAGCUUUCAGUAUUUGUUAUUGUGAAAGAAGUUAAUUCACCUGAAACAGAGGAGGGGCAACCUGAGUUAUCAGAAAGUGACUUCCUGGCCUUCCCUUCUUUAUUGAUCAGGGUUUUGCCGUGUUGUCCAGGCUGGUCUUGAACUCCCAGGUUGAACUGAUGUGCCUGCCACGGCCUCCUAAAGUGCCAGUAUUACAGAGGCACACAAAGUGUAGUUUCUAAGCUGAAUGAUGACAACAUUGCAGAAUAAAGAAGAAUGUGGAAAGGGACCAAAGAGAAUCUUUGCCCCACCUGCACAAAAAUCUUACAGCCUGUUACCUUGUAGCCCUAACUCCCCCAAGGAGGAGACCCUGGGGAUCAGUUCCCCAGAGACAGAGGCCAGCAUAAGCCUGCCAAAGACCAGUUUAAAGAAGGAAGAGGAAAAAGCAGCCACAAAGAAUGGUCCAAGCAGGGGCCAGGAGAAAAAAAGAAAGGCACAAAACAACAAGCAAGCAGAGAAGAAAGAAAAGGAAAAAUCAAGUCUUACCCCUGCAGAAUUUGAGGAGAUUGUCCAGAUUGUGCUGCAGAAGUCCCUUCAGGAGUGCUUGGGGAUGGGAUCUGGCCUUGAUUUUGCAGAGACUUCCUGUGCCCAGCCCAUAGUAUCCACCCAGUCAGCCAAGGAGCCAGGAAUUACUGCUUCUGCUACUGAUACUGAUAAUGCUAAUGGAGAGGAGGUACCACAUACUCAAGAGAUUUCAGUGUCUUGGGAAGGUGAAGCUGCCCCUAAGAUAAGAACGUCUAAGCUAGGCCAGCCAGAUCCUGUACCCUCUAAGAAGAAAUCCAAUAGACUCACCUUAAGCAAAAGAAAGAAGGAAGCUCAUGAGAAGGUGGAGAAAACUCAAGGUGGACAUGAGCACAGACAGGAAGACCAACUAAAGGAGACAGUUCAGGAUCAUUCUCAGAUCAGGGACCUGCAAAAAGGAGAGAUAAGUGGUUUUGGUCAGUGUCUGGUCUGGGUCCAGUGUUCCUUCCCAAACUGUGGGAAAUGGAGGCGGCUGUGUGGGAACAUUGACCCCUCAGUUCUCCCAGAUAAUUGGUCCUGUGAUCAGAACACAGCAGAUAUGCAGUAUAAUCGCUGUGAUAUUCCUGAGGAGACCUGGAAAGGGCUUGAAAGUGAUGUGGCCUAUGCCUCCUACAUCCCAGGAUCCAUCAUCUGGGCCAAGCAAUACGGUUACCCCUGGUGGCCAGGCAUGAUAGAAUCUGAUCCUGACUUAGGAGAAUAUUUUCUUUUUACUUCCCAUCUUGAUUCCCUGCCGUCUAAGUACCACGUGACAUUUUUUGGAGAAACAGUUUCUCGUGCAUGGAUCCCAGUCAAUAUGCUGAAGAACUUCCAGGAGCUGUCCCUGGAGCUAUCAGGCAUGAAAAAGCGCAGAAAUGACUGCAGCCAGAAACUGGAGGUGGCCCUGAUGAUGGCUCAAGAAGCAGAACAGAUCAGCAUUCAGGAACGGGUUAACUUGUUUGGUUUCUGGAGCCGAUUCAACGGAUCUAACAGUAAUGGGGAAAGAAAAGACUUACAGCUCUCUGGUUUGAACAGCCCAGGAUCCUGCUUGGAGAAAAAGGAGGAGGAAGAGUUGGAAAAGGAGGAAGUAGAGAAAACAGACCCAACUUUGCCCAUUUGUAAGCAAGUCAAAAUACAGACCCAAAAAACCAAGCCAAGAGGCACAGCAGAUGGCCGUGGCAGGAUGCUGCAGAGGAAGAUAAUGAAGAGAUCUCUGGGCAGGAAAUCCACAGCUCCUCCUGCACUCAGAAUGGGAAGGAAAGAAGGCCAAGGGAAUUCAGAUUCUGACCAGCCAGGCCCUAAGAAAAAAUUUAAAGCUCCCCAGAGCAAGGCCUUGGCAGCCAGCUUUUCAGAGGGAGAAGAAGUUAGAACAGUGCCAAAGGACCUGGGCCUAUCAGCAUGUAAGGGGGCCUGCCCCUCAGCUGCAAAAGAAGAGCCAAGACUCCGGGAACCUCUGACCCAGGAGGCUGGACGUGUUCCCCUUGAGGAUGAAGCCUCCAGUGAUCUGGACCUGGAGCAACUCAUGGAAGAUGUUGGGAGAGAGCUGGGGCAGAGCGGGGAGCUGCAGCACAGUGACAGUGAUGGCGAGGACUUCCCUGUGGCGCUGUUUGGGAAGUAGCUGGUGCUCCUGCACUCCCUUCUUUCCUCUCUUCUCUGGGGCGCAGGAGGGAGAAGUGGCUAAGUGCUGGGGCUGUUCAUUGGCUACGAGGUUCAAGUGUGUGUUGUGCUGUUUCUUUGUUAAUAAAGCAGGUUGCAGGUCGGCUGGCUUGGCUGGUCUCUAACUGCCCCCUGUUGGCUGCUC